AAUUUACAUAUUUUUUCAUAAUUCGUAAUUUACACAACUAUUAUUGGAAAAGAAUUUUAAAUGCGCGCGCGCACAUACUAGAGGGUUCACGUCACUGACGAGUUCAGAAAAGCUCAGAGAGAAUAAUAUUUCGGCGUAUUCGCGUUGAUUCUGUAAAAUAACAUAACAUAAUUUUAUAACUGUUGGAUUAAUUUUGCGACCAUGGCGUACUGUACGCGAGUUUUGCAUCGCCAGGGUAACAAAGCCAGCAGCCUUCUGUUGAACGAAGUCCAACAAAGAUGUUUUCACGUGUCACCUUUGGCUGCAGCCUCCUCAAAGGUGGCAAUGAGCAAUUUGGACCCCAACCCACUACCAUAUGAAAAAUUAUGCAAAAACUUGGAAAUCGUCAAAAAAAGGCUAAACAGGCCUCUUACUUUGUCGGAAAAAGUACUUUACUCCCACAUUGACCAGCCAGAAACCCAGGAAAUCGAACGUGGUACUUCCUACUUGAGACUGAGACCCGAUCGCGUUGCUAUGCAAGAUGCCACCGCCCAAAUGGCAAUGUUACAAUUUAUUUCCAGUGGCCUCAAAAAAGUUGCCGUACCCAGCACUAUUCACUGUGACCAUCUUAUUGAGGCCCAAGUGGGAGGCGCAAAGGAUCUUAGCAGGGCCAAGGACCUUAACAAAGAGGUUUACAACUUUUUGGCUUCAGCCGGUAACAAAUAUGGGGUUGGUUUCUGGAAACCAGGUUCCGGUAUCAUCCACCAAAUUAUCUUGGAAAACUACGCUUUCCCCGGUCUUUUGAUGAUCGGUACUGACUCCCACACUCCCAAUGGAGGUGGUUUGGGAGGUUUGUGUAUUGGAGUGGGAGGUGCCGAUGCCGUAGAUGUAAUGGCUAACAUCCCGUGGGAAUUGAAAUGCCCCAAAGUCAUUGGCGUUAAAUUGACAGGAAAAUUAUCCGGUUGGACUUCCCCUAAAGACAUCAUUCUUAAAGUCGCAGACAUUCUUACAGUUAAGGGAGGUACUGGAGCUAUUGUAGAGUACUUCGGACCCGGUGUAGACGCUAUUUCUUGCACUGGAAUGGCCACUAUUUGCAACAUGGGAGCCGAAAUCGGCGCCACCACCUCUGUAUUCCCCUUCAACAAGCGUAUGAGCGACUACCUGUCCGCGACUAAGAGAAGCGCCAUCGCGCAAGAGGCCGCCAAAGUCCAAAAGAUUCUCCUGAACUCCGACGACGGUUGCAGCUACGACCAAAUCAUCGAGAUCGACCUGAACACUCUCGAACCGCACGUCAACGGACCGUUCACCCCGGAUUUGGCUUCCCCGAUCAGCAAAUUGGGCGAAAACGCAAAGAAGAACGGUUGGCCCAACGAAAUCAAAGUGGGGUUGAUCGGUUCCUGCACCAACAGCUCCUACGAAGACAUGGGCAGAUGCGCCAGCAUCGCCAAAGAAGCGAUGAAGCACGGCCUGAAAUCAAAAAUUCCCUUCAACGUAACCCCCGGAUCGGAACAAAUCAGAGCGACCAUCGAACGCGACGGUAUCUCGGAAAUUAUGGACAAAUUCGGCGGUACCGUUUUGGCUAACGCCUGCGGUCCGUGUAUUGGGCAGUGGGAUCGUAAAGAUGUCCAAAAAGGCGACAAAAAUACCAUCGUAACUUCUUACAAUCGUAAUUUCACCGGACGUAACGAUGCCAACCCCGCUACGCACUGUUUCGUAACAUCUCCUGAAAUGGUUACGGCUUUAAGUAUUGCCGGUAGAUUGGACUUCAACCCCAUCACCGAUGAAUUAACCGGUUCUGAUGGCAAAAAAUUCAAGCUCACCGCACCCUUUGGUGAUGAACUCCCCAGCAAAGGUUUUGACCCCGGUCAGGACACCUUCGUCAAGCCAGUAGCUGAUGGCAGCAACCUCAAAGUCGACGUCGACCCCAAAUCCAACCGUUUGCAAUUGUUGGACCCAUUCGACAAAUGGAACGGCAAAGAUUUGGAAGAAAUGUCCGUGUUAAUUAAAGUUAAAGGAAAAUGUACCACCGAUCACAUUUCCGCUGCCGGACCAUGGUUGAAAUACAGAGGACAUUUGGAUAACAUUUCCAACAACAUGUUCAUUGGUGCUACCAACGCCGAAAACGGAGAAAUGAACAAAAUCAAGAACCUUUUGUCCGGCGAAUGGGGAUCCGUCCCAGACGUAGCCAGAGCCUACAAAGCCAAGGGCAUCAAGUGGGUAGCGAUCGGCGACGAAAACUACGGAGAAGGCUCGUCCAGAGAACAUGCCGCCCUUGAACCUCGUCAUCUUGGCGGACGCGCCAUCAUCGUGAAAUCCUUUGCCCGUAUCCACGAAACUAACCUCAAAAAACAAGGAAUGUUGCCGCUCACCUUCGCUAACCCCGGCGACUACGAUAAAAUCCAACCCACCGAUAAGAUUUCCCUGAAAGGGUUGGCCGGUUUGACCCCAGGAAAGCAAGUCGAGUGCGAAAUCAAGCACGCCGACGGCAAGACGGAAAAAAUCAUGUUGAAUCACUCUUUGAACGAAUUGCAAAUCGGUUGGUUCAAGGCUGGAAGCGCGCUCAAUCGUAUGAAAGAAGUGGCUGCUUAAUUGAAUUGUUAAUUUAAUUCGUACUUUUUAAAAAGGUAGGCUUAAAAAAGGUUCUACUUGUAGAUUUUUACUCCAGGCAGUGAUUUUAUAAAAACUAUUAUUAUUUUUAUCUUUUGUGUCCAUAAUUGUUAAGCGAAUUUUAGGUGUAUUGUACAUACAUUAAUAACUAUACAAAACUUGUAGGUAAUUCUUGUCCUUACUUAUGUUAUUGACAAUAAAACUUAAUUUAUAAAUUGCAUUAUUAU